AGAUCAAACCCAUGAUUUGCGCGCUCUCCCAUAAUUAAUUACUGAAAAAGACAUAUUCUUUCCUUUCCCCAUCUUUAAAGUUUAAAUCCACUUUUACUUCACCAUCCUGCUCUGCUUUCUUCCUCUGCACCCUCUCUCUCUCUCUAUUGUUCUCAAUUCUUCAAUGGCUACCCUCGAGGAUAUUGGAGUCUCUGCAUUGAUCAACAUUAUCACUGCCUUUACCUUCCUGCUGGCCUUUGCUAUCCUCAGAAUCCAACCCUUGAAUGACAGGGUCUACUUUCCCAAACGGUACAUCUCUGGAGAAAGAACCAGCCCGAGGCACUCCAGGAACUUCGUGGCCAAAUUUGUCAACCUCAAUAUCACGACUUACCUUACUUUCUUGAACUGGAUGCCUCAGGCUAUGAGGAUGAGUGAGACUGAGAUUAUAAACCAUGCUGGUCUCGACUCUGCCGUUUUCUUGAGAAUCUACACUCUGGGCUUAAAAAUCUUUGUACCAGUGACAGUCCUGGCACUUCUUAUCCUCAUUCCAGUCAAUGUGUCAAGUGGGACACUAUUUUUCCUCAGAAGAGAACUGGUUGUGAGUGAUAUUGAUAAGCUUUCAAUAUCAAAUGUUCGCCCUGAAUCUAUAAGGUUUUUUUACCACAUAGGAUUGGAAUAUUUGUUCACGAUAUGGACUUGUUACUUGCUAUACAAGGAAUAUGAUUAUGUUACAUCAAUGAGAUUGCAUUUCUUGGCUUCACAACGCAGGCGUGUGGAGCAGUUUACGGUAGUGGUGAGGAAUGUGCCGCAUGUUCCUGGACACUCCUUAUCAGAUACUGUGGACCACUUCUUUCAAACUAAUCACCCAAAUCAUUAUCUCUUUCACCAGGCAUUAUACAAUGCAAACAAAUAUGCUAAACUCGUGAGAAGAAGGGAGCGGCUCCAGAAUUGGCUGGACUACUACCAGCUUAAGUUUGAAAGGCAUCCAGAAAAGAGGCCAACUGGAAAAAUGGGAUUUUUGGGGCUUUGGGGUGAAAGUAUUGAUUCUAUUGAGUACUACAAACAGCAGAUUAAGCAGAUUGAAAAGAUAUUGACAUUGGAGCGCCAGAAAAUUAUCAAAGACCCAAAGUCUAUUCUGCCAGUUGCUUUUGUUUCAUUUAAUUCGCGUUGGGGAGCCGCUGUUUGUGCACAGACACAGCAAAGCAAAAAUCCAACACUUUGGUUGACAAAUUGGGCCCCUGAACCUCGUGAUGUCUAUUGGCGGAACCUGGCCAUACCAUUCUUUUCUUUGAGCAUCAGAAAACUUAUAAUAUCAUUGUCAGUGUUUGCUUUAGUUUUCUUCUAUAUGAUACCGAUUGCAUUUGUGCAAUCCCUCGCAAAUUUGGAAGGUCUUGAAAGGGUUGCUCCUUUCCUCAGGACUGUGAUUGAGCUGAAAUUCAUCAAGUCAUUCCUACAGGGCUUCCUCCCAGGUCUAGCCCUUAAAAUCUUUCUAUAUAUUCUCCCAACAGUUUUGAUGAUCAUGUCAAAAAUUGAAGGACAUAUAGCAUUCUCAACACUGGAACGAAGAGCAGCAGCAAAAUACUAUUAUUUUAUGUUAGUGAAUGUAUUCUUGGGAAGCAUUGUGACUGGAACAGCGUUCGAGCAACUGCAUUCUUUCCUUCACCAGUCGCCCACCCAGAUUCCUAGAACCAUCGGGGUCUCCAUACCAAUGAAAGCUACUUUCUUUAUCACAUAUAUAAUGGUUGAUGGGUGGGCAGGCAUUGCUAGCGAGAUUCUUCGGUUGAAGCCAUUGGUAAUAUUUCAUCUAAAGAACAUGUUUUUGGUGAAAACUGAAAGAGACAGAGAAAAGGCAAUGAACCCUGGUAGUGUUGAUUUCCCAGAGACUCUCCCAAGUCUCCAGCUGUAUUUCCUCUUGGGCCUUGUGUAUGCUGUGGUUACCCCAAUACUUCUUCCUUUCAUACUAGUCUUCUUCGCCUUUGCAUACUUAGUUUACCGCCAUCAGAUAAUCAAUGUCUACAACCAACAGUAUGAGAGCGUUGCCGCAUUCUGGCCACAUGUCCACAGUCGCAUAAUAGCAAGCUUGUUGAUAUCCCAACUUCUUCUGAUGGGACUGCUUAGCACAAAAAAAGCUGCAAAUUCCACUCCUUUGCUUGUUGUUUUGCCCAUAUUGACAUUGUCAUUCCACAAAUACUGCAAGAGACGCUUUGAGCCUGCAUUUAGGAAAUACCCACUUGAGGAAGCCAUGGCAAAGGAUUUAUUGGAGCGGACUACAGAACCUGACCUAAACAUAAAAGCUUACUUAGCUGAUGCUUAUUUGCACCCGAUUUUCCGGUCAUUUGAGGAAGAAGAGGAGUUAGUCGAGGUCAGAGUAGACAAACAUCAAACCCGCAGAGUCAGCCCCCCAGUAAGCGAACCCAGCUCCCCAUCACCACCCCGUUAUGUCUAUCAUCCCCCCUCUCCACCUCAUUAUGUUGCACAUCCAUCCUCCCCACCCCAAUAUGUUUAUCAGCCCUCUUCCCCGCCCCAAUAUAUUUAUCAUCCGUCCUCCCCUCCUCACUAUGCCUAUCAUUAUGAAGUUGAGCCUUGAACUGAUAGAUACUUGUCUGCUUACAAGAAACCUAACCAAUUCUUUUAGAUAUUCGACAUCUUACCACCGUCCAUUUAGGUUGUCUAGUCUCCUGUAAUUAUGGUUUCAUCAAUGUAAUUGUGGUUGGGUUAUGACAUUUUCUUCAACUAUAGUUGAUGUCCAACUUAUGUUUGAUUGUAGAGAAGCUGUAACUGAAAGGUUAUAUCUUAGAAUAGCCCUUCGACUCCAACCUCUUUUUAUGUUUCAAAGGUUUCUUUUUCCUGUCUUUUCCUAGGAAUCGAAUUGAUUUGUGUUACAGAACUUUCUGUCCUUAGUUUAUUGGGCGACCCUCCUACUAGGAAAUAUUCUUGUUAUGGUUGGCAAUUGAGGAAAACAAUGAAACUCCUUCGGUGUUAUUUCUC